GGAAAGCAAAAAAUAGAUAGGUGCCGUAGAAGUGAAGGUUGGUGUGGUGGUUUGCUGCGAAAGAUCGAACAUAAAAAUAAAUACAUUUUUCAGAGAAAAACAAUUUUAACAAAAUCUUCUGCACACAAAACUGACACAAAAUGACUAUUUUACGUUAUAUUUUUGCACCUAAACUGUUCAUGGAAUAUGGAAUGGGUUCACUUCAGAAAAUGUACGAACCUGGUGGCUUGGAAAAGUUCGGAGAUCAAAUUCUAUCUACCCUAUCCAUGAUGUGGAAUAUUGGAUAUUAUUCAUCACCACUUAUCGUCACAUUCCUAUAUCGACGCGGCUACCUUGUCGCCGAUUCGAUUUCUUCUCUGGCUAAGUUCACAACUAGUAUUGGUAUCAUUGUAGUUUUGUCCAUGUGCAUGCGCGGCAUUGGAAGGUCACAAUCACGAUCGUACAAUAAACUUGUCAAGGCACUAGAACAAGCAAGAUCUUCAAAUAAUUCGGAAGAAGCUAAAAAGUCAUUGAGGCUAUUUGAUUUUGACUUUAAAUACUGGAGCGUUGAUUUUGAUGUUCUUAAUCUUCAAUAUGAAGAUGGAAAGAAAAUUUCACCAACGUCGUCUUCAAAGAGAACUCCUCGUCAGAAGCCUUUUUGGUUCUCGUCGUUGCCAUGUGAAAUUGCUGCUUAUAUUGCGAUUCAUACAUUUGGCAUCAGGAUGAUAUAUCCUGGUUCAGUUAAACUUCUGCAAAGCUAUUUGAGGCCAAUGUUAGUUGCUGGUCGUGCAAAGCUUAUCGAGGAAGAACAUGGAAUGCGUUAUAAAGUUAAAACCGUGGAUAGAAACGACAUUGAUACAGUGUUCGUGGAUAACCGUAAUAAGAGUAUCAAUGGAAAAACAAUUGUGAUAUGCUCAGAAGGAAACGCUGGGUUCUAUGAAAUUGGUAUAAUGUCAACACCAUUGUCACUCAAAUACUCAGUUUUGGGAUGGAAUCAUCCUGGCUUUGAAGGCAGUACUGGCCAACCUUUUCCUGAUCAAGACAAAAACGCAAUUGAUGCUGUUGUUCAAUUUGCUAUCCAUAAAUUAGGAUUCGCUGUUGAAAAUAUACUAUUUUUUGGCUGGAGUAUUGGUGGAUAUAGUUCAAUUUACGCUGCAUCCCAAUAUCCUGAGAUUAAAGGAAUUAUUUUAGAUGCUACUUUUGAUGAUGUGCUACAUCUAGCAACACCACGUAUGCCUGCUAGUCUUUCGGGUAUUGUAAGACUUGCCAUUCGAGAAUAUGUUAAUUUGCACAACUCCGAAAUGCUAAUGGACUACGGAGGCCCAGUUUUACUUAUUCGUCGAACUGAAGAUGAAAUAAUUGCUGAAGACAACCGUAUCGAAACAAAUCGGGGAAAUUAUUUGCUUCUCAAUUUAUUAAAAUAUCGCUAUCCCAACAUAUUUCAAUCCCUACAAAUAACCAGAAUAAAGAAUUUACUCACAAAACCCAUUGAUUCAAAUGCCAAUGCAAGUAAUGAUGAUCUUUGCAUGAGUCGUUUAAUAACCUAUGCUUCUGAUAAGGGAAAAACUUUCCCUAUGGCCAUUGGUGAAGAUUACAAUGCUGAAGUCCGUACACAAAUGGCUGAGUUUUUGUUAAAAAAGCAUUUCCGAGAUUACAAAUCAACACAUUGUACUCCUCUUCCUGAUGAUUACUUUACCAUUCCAUGGGACAUACCUACUGAAAAUGGGUUUGUCUUUACUUAAACUGUAUGCUGUCCAAAAAAAAAAACAACAA